AUGAGAAACCUUUUGGAGGAAUUCGAUCAGGACCAUGGAAUUCGACCACCUACCAUUCUUGGAGUUAGGGAACAUGUAUUUACGGGAAGUGUCUCCUCCUUGGCCUCUUUCAUGUCUAAUCAAGAAACCAGCUUUGUAACUCUUGGUCAACGAGUAUUGGCGAAACCCUUAAAGAUCCGCAUGCAUUAUGGCCAUCCAGAUGUGUUUGACCGAGUUUUUCAUAUUACACGAGGUGGUAUCAGCAAGGCCUCUCGGGUCAUCAAUAUUAGUGAAGAUAUUUUUGCUGGUUUCAACUCAACUCUACGUCAAGGGAAUAUUACUCAUCAUGAGUAUAUUCAGGUGGGCAAAGGGCGAGAUGUUGGGCUCAAUCAAAUAGCUCUGUUUGAAGGGAAGGUUGCUGGUGGGAAUGGUGAGCAGGUUCUUAGUCGGGAUGUAUACAGGCUUGGCCAGCUUCUUGAUUUCUUCCGAAUGAUGUCAUUCUACUUCACAACUGUUGGCUUCUAUUUCUGUACAAUGUUGACGGUGCUUACUGUGUAUAUAUUCUUAUAUGGGAGGGCAUAUCUGGCACUUUCUGGAGUUGGAGCUACUAUUCGAGAAAGAGCUAUUCUUCUGGACGAUACUGCACUAACCGCCGCCCUGAAUGCUCAGUUUCUGUUUCAGAUUGGAGUCUUCACUGCUGUGCCAAUGGUUUUGGGCUUUAUUUUGGAACAGGGUUUUCUCCAGGCCAUUGUCAGUUUCAUAACAAUGCAGUUUCAGCUAUGCACUGUCUUCUUCACAUUUUCCCUUGGCACAAGGACCCAUUAUUUUGGACGGACAAUUCUCCAUGGUGGUGCAAGGUACCAAGCCACUGGAAGAGGGUUUGUCGUCGAGCAUAUCAAAUUUUCUGAAAACUACCGUCUUUAUUCCAGAAGUCAUUUUGUCAAAGGGAUGGAGGUUAUUCUCUUGUUGGUUGUCUACCUUGCAUAUGGCAAUGAUGAGGCUGGUGCAGUUUCCUACAUUCUUCUGACCGUUAGCAGCUGGUUUUUGGCUGCUUCUUGGCUUUUUGCUCCUUACCUGUUCAACCCUGCCGGAUUUGAGUGGCAAAAAGUCGUGGAGGACUUCAAAGAAUGGACAAAUUGGCUCUUUUACAGAGGUGGAAUUGGCGUGAAAGGAGCUGAAAGCUGGGAAGCCUGGUGGGAAGAAGAACUGUCUCACAUUCGAACCUUGAGCGGGAGGAUCAUGGAAACUAUUUUAAGUCUGCGGUUCUUCAUGUUCCAGUAUGGUAUUGUCUACAAAUUGCAGCUACAGGGAUCAAAUACAUCAUUUGCGGUGUAUGGUUAUUCAUGGGCUGCAUUUGCUGCGAUUAUAGUUCUUUUCAAGGUCUUUACAUUCAGCCAGAAGAUUUCUGUCAACUUCCAGCUCGUGCUGAGGUUUGUACAAGGCCUUGCCUUAUUGGUGGCUCUAGCUGGCAUAAUCGUAGCGGUUGUGCUGACAGAUUUAUCAGUGACGGACAUAUUUGCUUGCGUAUUGGCUUUUAUACCGACAGGAUGGGGAAUUCUUUCGAUUGCGUGUGCUUGGAAGCCAGUCAUUAAGCGAAUUGGGAUGUGGAAAUCGAUCCGUUCACUUGCAAGGCUGUAUGACGCAGGAAUGGGAAUGCUAAUAUUUCUUCCCGUUGCGCUCUGCUCGUGGUUCCCUUUUGUCUCGACCUUCCAGACACGGAUGAUGUUCAACCAAGCCUUUAGUCGUGGUCUCGAGAUCUCUCUUAUCCUCGCAGGAAACAAUCCCAAUUCUGGUGUUUGA